AUGGCCUACACACGCUCCAAGAAAGCCCCCAAGAAGGCCAAAACCCGUGCUCGCAAACUUGCCCUCGCCGGCUCCGCAAGACCACGAGCCAGGCCGUCUGCUGCUGCAAAGCGUUCCACCACCACCACCACCACCACCACCACCACCACCAGGAACAGCACUCCCACCCCCACCACCACCGCUGACGUCCCCAGCGACACCGACGAGGAUCUUCUCGACGCGGCGAAUAGUCUCGUCACUGAGGUUGGUAAACUCAACAGAAGCCUCGAAAAACCAAAGGCCAGCUUCUGGAAAAAGCACGGAAGUAACAUCGCUGUGGUCAUCAGAAGGAUGCCCAGCUUCGACCGCUCAAGGUACCAGCGUGUCGACGACGACGGAGACGAAGAUAUCCCGAUGGAUAACGCUGCUGCUACCCCGCCUUCCUCGUACAAGAAGGUCCGCUUCGACAGGCAGGUUGAGCAGAUCGGUAGCUCCGGUGGCAUGAGCGGCAUUCUCACCGCGGCCAAGUUCGGUGACGAGGAGGACGAGGAGCCCAGUUCCAGCGAUGAUACCGACGAGGCCGAGCUCAGUGAGGACGAACUCUCCGAGUCGGUGCGUCGCAUUACUAGGAGCAGUGUUAACCCUAUUAAACCCAGAAACCAUGGCUUUGCCGUUGUCAUUAAGAAGUCACCGGCUGUGGCAGCGCUUGCCACCCCGACUCCUGGAGCGCCGAGAGUUACUAGACAUUCUACCACCACUCGCCAUCAGUUCCGCCUUGCGGUCACUGGGAAUCCUGCUGCUGCCCCGUCGUCGAUGACUACAACUGAGGCCGUUAGUGUCAGGUCGUUGAUUCAUUCCCGCAUCGACGAUAAAUAUGCUGCGUCCAGAACUCGUGCUACUGCUUCUACCAUUGCUGCGAACCGUUCCGCGGCGUCCAAGGCAUCGAAUGCAAAAAGGGCUUCGACUUUCACUGCUGGCGUCGUUCAGAAGGAUGCUCGUGCAGCCACCGUCAAGAGGACCAGCGGCCGCAUCGCUGCUAAGGCUUCCAAGGCUAAAAUUGUCCAUAUUAAUGACGACGACGACGAGGAGGAGGAGGAGGAGGACUCUGACGAGUAG